UACGGUCCUCUGUCUCCCCACAAGUUACCAUAUCCAUUGGAGAACUCGACAUAAAGAAGGCACUCUAAAUGAGUACACCUAUUGUCCUACUUGUCCAUUUAUCAUCUAUAAAGCUCACAAAUUGCUCCCCUCCUCUGCUCAGAAAUCUAGCUCCAAAGAUCCAGCAUGAUUCCUGAGAUCAAACAGUCGACAUAUGUCUGCGUGAUUGGUGCAGGGCCUUCAGGGUUGGUUGCUGCUAGGGAGCUGAAGAAGGAAGGACAUGCUGUGGUGGUCUUGGAGCAAAACCAUGAUGUUGGAGGGCAGUGGCUGUACGACCCAAGGGUGGAUGAAGAAGAUGCCUUGGGUAGGGUCACUCCAUUGAAGGUCCAUAGCAGUGUCUAUGCCUCCCUUAGGCUUAUUUCCCCUAGAGAGACCAUGGGUUUUUCUGAUUUCCCAUUUUUGACAAGAAAGGGAAGCGAUAUGAGAAGAUUUCCUGGUCACAGGGAACUCUUCUUGUAUCUCAGGGAAUUCUGUCAAUGGUUUGGGUUGAGGGAGCUGAUAAGAUUCAAUACUCGAGUAGACUAUGUUGGCAUGGUGGGUUCUGCGGAGUCUGGCGACAAGAUGAAGUGGAUUGUUAGAUCCAAAGAGAAGAAAUGUGGAAAGGUUAUGGAAGAGAUUUUUGAUGCAGUAGUUGUGGCCACUGGGCAUUAUUCUCAGCCAAGGAUGCCAAACAUCAAAGGAAUGGAUGUUUGGACAAGGAAGCAAAUACAUAGCCAUGUAUACAGAGUUCCUGAGCCUCACCGUGAUGAGGUUGUGGUAGUAGUUGGGAGUUCACUAAGCGGCCAAGACAUAUCAUUGGAACUUGCAACGGUAGCAAAAGAAGUGCAUAUUAGUUCCAAAUCUUUAGAAAUCACGGAGGGCUUAUCAAAGGUCAUUUCCAAAUAUCAAAACCUACACCUACAUUUACAGAUAGAGUCUCUUUGUGAAGAUGGACAGGUUUUAUUUGUUGAUGGCUCCUCUGUGAUUGCUGAUUCUAUCAUUUACUGUACAGGGUAUUCCUAUUCAUUGCCGUUUCUUGACACUAAAGGAAUGGUUGUGGUAGAUGAUGAUAGAGUGGGCCCUUUGUAUGAGCAUACAUUCCCUCCAUUACUUGCUCCAUCUCUCUCUUUUGUGGGCAUUCCGAGGAAGAUCAUAGGGUUUCCCUUCUUCGAAUCACAAGGAAAAUGGAUAGCACAACUGCUAUCUGGUAAAAGAACAUUGCCAUCACCAGAUGAUAUGAUGAAGGCCAUUGAGGAAUUCUAUCAAUCGAGGGAGAUUGCAGCCAUACCAAAGCACAGAACACAUGAUAUCGCCAACUUUGAGUACACUGAUAUGUAUGGAGAUAAUUGUGGAUUCCCACACUUGGAGGAGUGGAGGAAAAUACUCUGCAUCUCAGCCGUAAGAAAUGGCAUCACCAACUUAGAAACUUAUCGUGAUCAAUGGGAUUAUGAUAAUGAACUGCUUCAGGUGGCGUACCAGAGUCAUCAUUUCACCCAGCUAGACAAAGCAAAUGGUGCUGCGCUGUAACUUCGUUUUGGGGGACUAUUUUGAUUAAGUUAUUCUUCAUUUAUAUGCUUCUCUUUCUCCAAUGUAUCUACCAAGGAUCCAUUAUGAAGGAUUAGAGAAAAAGAAACAAAAGUUAUCAUGUAAUCACAUAUUUAUAACCAAUAAGCAGUACUUUGAUGUUGUCCUAUUUAUCUCA